AUGCGUUUCUCAGUUGUUGUCGCGGCGGUUCUUGGAGGCAUCCAGACCGCUUCCGCACUGAAGCUUUCCCCGAGAAGUCUCGCAGAGAGGGAUGAGCAGGUACAACGACGCAGCCUUGCCAAACGCGCUGAUACCGACCCCACAUUGUUAUACCCGGAACGCAACAUCUCGGUGCCUGUUGACUUCUUCCAUAACGAGACUCGGUACGAGCCGCACAGUAAUGAAUCGUUCAAUCUAAGGUACUGGUUCGACGACACCUACUACAAGCCAGGCGGACCAGUCUUUGUUCUUCUUGGCGGUGAGACUAACGGGGCGGGCCGUCUGCCUUUCCUACAAAAGGGAAUUGUGCACCAAGUCAUCAAGGCUACCAACGGCUUGGGCGUCAUCCUCGAACACCGCUACUAUGGCAAGAGUUUCCCGGUCCCUGACCUCACGACCAAGAACAUGCGUUUCUUGACAACUGAGCAAUCCCUUGCUGAGAUUGACUACUUUGCGAAGAAUGUCAAGUUCGAGGGUAUUGAUGCAGAUUUGACUGCCCCGAACACCCCCUGGGUCGUUUACGGCGGAUCGUAUGCUGGAGCGCAGGCUGCGUUCUUGCGAGUUGUCUACCCGGAGACGUUCUGGGGAGCCAUCUCAUCAUCCGGAGUCACAACUGCCAUCUAUGACUACUGGCAAUACUUUGAGCCCGCUCGUCUCUACGGACCUCCUGACUGCAUGAAGAACACUCAGCUUCUGAUUGACGUUAUUGAUGGUAUCCUCAUCCGUCAGAACGAUACCUCUUUGGUUCAGUCACUCAAGGAUGUGUUUGGACUUGGUGGCAUCACUGACAACCGUGACUUUGCCAACCAGAUCACUGGUGUUUAUGGACUUCAGAGUACUAACUGGGACCCUGAAGAGAACUCAGAUUCGUGGUUCAACUACUGCACUAACAUUACUGCCGAAGAACCCAUUGGUGAGAACUUGCGCCCCACAGUUGCCAAACUCGCCGCAGUAUCUGGCUAUGUCAACGACACCGUCGUGCAGAACAUUACUUUGAACGCGAUUGCCUGGAUCAACAGCACUGCACUCCGAUCAUGGCGCAGGUCGAAUUCCACCCAGGACUCACACUUUACGACGCUCAACAGUUCCCUGUUGCAGUCAUACACUUCCAUUGAGGACUACAGCUACACGAGCUGGAGCUACCAAGUCUGCACCGAAUGGGGUUACAUCCAAACGGGAAACACACCCGCUGAUAUCAUGCCGCUUAUUUCUCGUGUCAUGGACGUCGAGUACCUAACCUUCUUCUGCCGUGCGCAGUUCGGAAUCAACUCACCGCCCGAAAUUGAACGCGUCAAUAAAUACGGCAACUACAGCAUCGAGUACGAGCGUCUUGCCAUCAUCGGCGGCAAUGCCGAUCCUUGGAGACCUGCGACACCACUCUGGUACCCCAACAGCAGGAAUGACACUGUUGAGAAGCCGUGGCAUUUGAUCAGCCACGGUGUUCACCACUGGGAGGAGAACGGUAUUUUCGAGAACCAGACGACGCCUGAGUUACCGCCUGCACAGGUUGUGUAUGCGCAGCAGUACCUGAAGAACUUUGUUGUGGACUGGAUUCAGGAGUUCAAUGACCAGAAGAGCCGUAUUGAGUUAUAAUAGCGUGCUGUCGUGUUGUAAUGUUCUGACGACUUGAAAUCGUUACCCUCGGAUUCGCUCGGCGCGACGCCGACAGUCCAAAGUUACAUCCGUCCUUACCCAUUACUUUAAUAUACGGGUGAUUAUCAUCAUCAUCAUCCGGCGCUGCAAUGGCGAUUUCACCACAGAAUAACCCUAAGAAUCAAACUCACGCCUUGCUCUCAGUAACCCA